AUGAAAGAUGAAUUUAAUCAAUCAGUUGGUAAUACAGCAAUAUUACCAUUAAAAUCACAAGCUAAAGGUCCAGCUCCUCCUUGCACAACUGAAACUGAUAUAAUAGAUGAAGCCAUUUAUUACUUCAGAGCCAAUGUAUUUUUUCGUACUUAUGAAAUUAAGAGUGAAGCGGACAGAGUUUUAAUUUAUAUUACUUUGUACAUAACUGAAUGUUUAAAAAGACUUCAAAAAUGCUCAAAUAAAACACAAGGUAAAAGUGAAAUGUACACUUUGGCAAUAUCAAAAUUUGACAUUCCUGGAGAGCCUGGAUUCCCGUUAAACUCUGUUUAUGCCAAGCCAAAGACUCCUGCAGAAGCAGAUCUCCUCAGGCAAUAUUUUCAACAAAUUAGACAAGAAACAGGUAAUAGAAUUUGUGAAAAAGUAUUUAAUACUGAAGAUGGUAGACCCUCAAAAUGGUGGCUAUGUUUUUCUAAAAAAAAAUUUAUGGAUAAAUCACUAUCAGGCCCUGGUCAAUAA